AUGCAAAUAACCUUGAUUACUGACAAUACUAUUUGUCAACAACAGCACCACAAUAGCGUUUCUUGCAGGGAUCUAUUGAAGCUUGCGCCAUAUGAGAGUAAAUCAUGGCCGCAUCUGCUUGGUAAACCAAUAGACGAGGCUAUUGAAGAAAUCAAACGUGAAAAUCCAGAGUACCACGUAGAAAAACUGCCACUUCAUUGUCCAAUGAAACUGGAUGUGCGUCCUAAUCGUGUACGUGUAUUCUUCGACGAAGAAGAUAAAGUCGCGCGAGUUCCACAAAAUGGAUAG